CGUCACACUCCGAAAAUAUCAACAUUUUGACCGAACCUGAGAUGGUGGCGGGGAGGUGGGGUUUCAGUGACGGCGGUUGGUUCAUCCAGAUUCUCAAUCUUUCCCGGACACGAGAAAAUUCAGAAUUUUUACGAGGGUAGGUUGUAGCCAACGGAGAAGUCAUCGUGGACCAGAGGUUCAAAGGGAUCCUCAGAGGAUAGUCAGGGGAUAGUCAGAGGAUAGUCAAAGGAUCACCUAUAAACCUAGAACUUGAAGAAAUUGGGGUGAGGGUGGAUCAAGUGGUGGGACAAGUGGAUCGUUUACGUCGGCAAUUGAUUAAUUUCCUGUUGGAUCGAUACAAUCAGGAGGUGCAAUCACACCUGUGCAGCGUCAUCUUCGUCGCUGUCUUGGUAUAUUGGUCUGAUCAUUCAAUUGACGUGAUGGGAAUGAUCCUGUGCUAAUUGGAGAUCAAAGAAGACAUUCCGGGGUUGAGGCUGAGGCGUUUGUCAGUGAAGCGGGAUUUUUUUUUUGGGUGAAUAUUUUUAAUUGACGGGAAUAAUGCCGGGGGCCGGGGGUCAGCAACCCCAGAGGACGACAUUCAGGCCACCAUGGGUUAAGGAUGGACCCAAUCCGUUGCCCAUGCCUACAGCUCCAUGGACAUUGAACAGAAGAGAAUCAAAACCCGCUGAUGAUGCUCCGGCCUUCACUAAAGUUACGUUGAAGAGUGUUCCAAAACCUGCGGAUGCUGUGGCACCAACAGAACCACCGCCACAGGCGCGAAAACAGAGUAAAAUAACAAUAAUACCAGCUCAACCAAAUAGCGAACGCAGUACAACGAUCAAACCAUCGACGAAUAAAGCAAAGGCAAGCACAGACAAAGGAUCAAAUAAAUUGGGGGAAAAUGGAAGGGUCGAGUCGACGAGUUCAAAGUCACCAUUGGAGAGACAAACACGUAUCGAUAAAUCUCGAUCACGCACUGAUACCAGAGUGCCAAUAUCGAAGAGUGAAAGCACCACAGGUGCACCGACACUAUCAAAAAGCUCAUCGAGAGCGGCAAUACCACCGCCACCGCCACCGAGACCACCGCCACCACCACCAUCGAGAGAAAUUGUGCCCGAACUGAAGAAUCUACCACCGAUCAGUGAGAAAGCCCAAAAAACAUUGGAGCUGCUUAAAUCGAGGCCACGUAAACGACCUGAUUGGUCGUGCAUAUUGAAGGAAGUGGAGAGUGGAAAGAAAUUGAAGCACGUCAAGUGCAACGAUAGAAGUGCACCGAUCAUCGAAAGAGUUAGCAAAGUCAUAGCUGAUCCACAAGAUCAACCUCACUUCGUUUUUGAAUCUGAAAAGUCGAACAUGCACAAUCAACUGCUCCAUCAAAUUCAAACUGGAAUAAAAUUAAAGAGCGUUAAAACUAAUGAUCGCUCCAAGCCAAUGCUCGAGGGACUGAGGAAAUUUCGUCGACAACUGACCAUUGAGGAGCAAAUACAGAGGAAAGAGGCAGCACCUGAUAUUGCUGAGACUGUUCCUGAUGAGAUGGAUGAUAUUGACGCUGUAAGGGAUGAUUUGCAGAGUACCAAACAGAUGCUUGCGUUGGAAUUGAGAAAUAAGGAAGCGCUGGAAAGAGAUAAUAAGAGGCUGCAGGCGAGGGUUCUGAACUUGGAGGCGGAGUUGGAACGAGCUAAACUCCAACAAAAUGUUGUUGAACACAAGAAACAGGAUGAAAAAAUUCAGGAAUCGUUGAAGAAAGAGGCGGAGGCUGCGAGAAAAGAUGUGGAGAAAUUGGAGAAAGACUUUGCUGUUGUCGCCGAGGAGAGGGACAAAACGAAAAUUGAACUUGAGGAGAUGAAGAGGAUGUACGCUAAUUUGGAGAGACGUAUGAAGGCUGAGUUUUAUUGGGACUGGCCAGAGCCCAUAAUAGAAUACCCAGAAGAGAGUCCAGAGGCCGCGUGGUACGAUGUUUCAGGAAUGGCAUUGGCAGGAUGUCCAAGUGCCAAGGAUGUCGCGAAAAUAGCAUCGCAGAAGAGCAUUGACAAGGGGGAAAAGACACCGAGUGAGUCGGAGGAGGAAGAAGAAUCAUCGGAGGAGGAGGAUGAGGAUGAGGAUCCCGAGGCACAAGCUGAAAAGCGGUUGCAGAGGGAGAUUAAAUUGCUCAAUACAAAAAUCAGGAAUUUCAAGGACAAAGCGGCGAAUGCAAAGAAGGAAAGACACGCGUUGAAAGAACAGAUAAAACAGCAACAAAAAUUGCUGAAGGAGGAGAAGAAAAAGUAUAAAGGACUUCAGAAGGAAGUUGAUAAAAUGGCGAAAUUAAUGGGAGAUACAGACGACGAAGAUGCUGAGGAUGAGGAAGAGGAGGAGGAGGAAGAGGAGAGUGAAUCUGAGGAAGAAUCGGAGUCUGAGGAGUCUGAGGAGGAGGAAUCCGAGAGUGACGACGAGGAUGAUGAACCAGAGGACCGAAAGAAUCACUUGCAGUCAAUCGUGAAAAAGCACGAGGGAAGAAUGUCAUCCCUGAAGAAAGGGAAUUAUCUGCUCAAAGCUCAAGUGGACCGACUGAAGGACGACCUUGUGAAACAGCGUGAGGCAAGCCUAUCCCUCCAAGAGGACCUCGACUCAGUUCUCGCUGAACUGGGAUAAAUUUUGCAUAACACGACCUAUAGUUGAAGGAACAUUACAUAAUAACACUAACAUAUGCACAUAAAUAAAAGGAAACAAAUACCGAAUUAAUUAUACUGAGUACUGAAAGCAAACACCUACACAAAUUACACAAUUAAAGCGAGACAGAGUCAGAAAUUAUUGAGAGAAACAUUCAGAUCGUUGCUUACUUUUUUUGCAGACUAGACGAUAUGAAAGGGAAAAAAAUAAUUAUGGAAUUAACGCAAUUUUUAUUUGCUAUUAUGUUAUUUAAAGUGUAAGAUAUUUUUUAAUAAAGGAGAUGAAUAUUGGCCAUUGGUUUAAAA